AUGGAAAAUUAUAGGGAGAUAUUUUCAAAUCCUUUAGAUUUCCCUACUAAUAAAAUGCAUAUUAAUGACGGAGAAUUACCCUCCGUGACUAACAAAAUAUCAGUGACUCUGAGAUUAAACGUUCAGAGACAUGAUACAGGUUGGCAGAGUAUUUUUCAAAAGGGGGGAACUAAUUAUAUUCGGACUCCCAGUCUUUGGCUACGUCCGAACACCGGAAAACUUCACCCUAAUUCUCGGCAAAUAAUUAUUUUGAUUGUGGAAUUGAAGAAAUCUUCAUUGAUCUUGAAUUAA